AAAGAUGCGGCCGGUGGGAUGGGUCGCCAUCUCGGCGUCUUCAGCUGCACCAUGCUCAUCGUCGGCAAGGUCAUCGGAACAGGGAUCUUCUCCACGCCUUCCUCGAUCCUCGAGUCCGUAGGCUCCGUCGGAGCCUCCAUGAUGCUAUGGGUCCUCGGCUUCGUGCUGUCGUUCUGCGGCCUGUUCAUUUGGCUCGAGUUCGGGACGAUGAUCCCUCGAUCUGGCGGAGAAAAGGUCUAUUUGGAGGCGGUAUACACCAGGCCACGGCAUCUUGCUACAGUCGUGUUCGCUGCAAACGCUAUCAUACUCGGUUUCACAGCUUCCGGAUGUAUUGUCUUCGCAGAAUAUGUAUUGAACGCUGCUGGAAUGGAAGUUACGCGGUGGAACGAACGUGGAAUCGCAGUAGCAGUCAUCGUCUUCGCUACCCUCUUACAUGGACUCACACCUAAGCUGGGUAUCUACAUCAUGAAUGCUCUCAGCGUGUUCAAGGUAUUCAUUCUGCUCUUCGUGGUCGUGUCGGGAUGGGUGGUGCUCUCGGGACACACCCAAGUUGCGGAUCCACAUGUGAAUUUCAGAAACGCAUUUGUUGGCAGUUCGCAUAGCAGCUACGAAUACGCCACUGCGACGUUCAAAGUCUUGAAUGCAUACGCAGGAUGGUCGAACGUGAACUACGUCAUGAACAACGUUAAAAACCCUAUUCGGACCCUCAAGAUCGCGGGACCAUUGGGCCUGGGAUUUUGCGCUGUGAUGUACAUCCUCGCGAACAUCUCGUACUUCGCUGCCGCGUCCAAGGAGGAGAUUGAGAACGCUGGGGUGACGGUUGCGUCGCUCUUCUUCAGCAACGUCUUCGGACAGAGGGCAAAGAAGGCACUGGAUGUCAUUGUGUCGUUGAGGUAUCUACUACCCUGUAUUGCAACCCAGCUCGUGUCGACUCAUCAUCUGCACGCAGAACUGGCCAAGGAGGGCAUUCCGCUGCCAUUCGGAAACCGCUUCUGGGCAUCCAACUGGCCCACCGGCAAGUCACCCUUGCCAGGAUUGAUCAUCCACCUGAUACCUUCGGUCAUCAUUAUCCUGGCACCUCCACCCUCCGUGGCAUAUCCUUUUAUAAUCGACGUGGAGGGCUACCCAAGCCAGAUCAUCAACUUCUUUGUCGUCGUCGGCCUGUUCUGGUUCAGGUGGAAGAGGCCUAACGCGAAACGGCCGUUCAAAAUCUGGUGGCCAUUCGCCUUCUUCUAUCUCGCUGCUGCCGUUUUCCUUCUCGUCGCGCCCUUCGUCCGUCCGCCUGGGGGAGUAGGAGACACACCUCCACUGCCGUACUACCUAUAUUGUCUGGUGGGCAUUGCUGUGAUGUUCGUGGGCGUGUUCUACUGGGCAGCGUGGCAGUACUUGCCACGCGUAUUCGGCUACGAGUUCGUUCCGCGCAAAGAGACGCUGAAGGACGGAACUGUGGUUGCUUUGGUCAGUUGUGCUUACACUGUCGGAUCACUGCUGUUCUGA